CGCCACACACCCCUGCACCGUCGCCAUGGCCGCCCAGAAGCAGCAGGAGCUCAAGUCCUUCUCGCGCGAGGAGGUCGCAAAGCACAACAAGCCCGGAGACCUCUGGAUCAUCAUCGAUGCCAAAGUGUACAACCUCAGCAAGUUCGCCGAGCUCCACCCCGGUGGCGAGAGCGUGCUGUACGACGAGGAGGUCGCCGGCCAGGAGGCCACCGAGACGUUCUUCGGCCUGCACCUGCACGAGGUGCUGCUGCGCCCCUCGUACUCGCGCCUCGUCAUCGGCACCAUCAAGGGCGAGGAGAGCGUCAUCGUGCCCGACGAGCUCGGCGCGCCGAGCAAGGUGCCGUACGCCGAGCCCAUGUGGCUCUCGCAGAACUUCCACUCGCCCUACUACAACGACUCGCACCGCCGCCUGCAGCGCGAGAUGCGCGCCUACGUCGACGAGACGGUGUACGAGGUGGCGCAGCGCUGCGAGGCCAACGGCAAGCGCCCCGACGUCGAGCUCAUCAAGGACAUGGGCAAGCGCGGCAUCAACGCCAUGCGCAUGGGCCCCGGCAAGCACCUGCACGGCCGCACGCUCAUGGCCGGCGUCAAGGGCGAGGAGUUUGACUACUUCCACGAGCUUGUCAUCACGCAGGAGCUCGUGCGCAUGGGCGCGCGCGGCUUCGGCGACGGCCUGCAGGGCGGCAUGGUCAUCGGCCUGCCGCCGGUGAUGAACUUUGGCUCGCAGAAGCUCAAGGACGAGGUCAUCGAGCCCGUGCUCGCCGGCGAGAAGUUCAUCUGCCUCGCCAUCUCCGAGGCCUUUGCCGGCAGCGACGUCAUGGGCCUGCGCACCUUUGCCAAGAAGAGCGAGGACGGCAGCCACUACAUCGUCAACGGCACGAAGAAGUGGAUCACGAACGGCACGUUUGCCGACUACUUCACGACGGCCGUCAAGACCGACGAGGGCUUCGCCGUGCUGCUCAUCCGCCGCGACUUUGGCGGCGUCGAGACGAAGCAGAUCAAGACGUCGUACUCGACGACGGCCGGCACGGCGUACGUGACGUUCGACAAUGUCAAGGUGCCGUCGGAGUACGUCAUUGGCGAGGACGGCAUGGGCAUCCAGAUUGUGCUCUCCAACUUCAACCACGAGCGCUGGGUCAUGUGCUGCUCGACGAUCCGCUCGUCGCGCGCCAUCUGCGAGGUGCUCAUGAAGUGGACGUCGCAGCGCAAGGCCUUCGGCAAGCCGCUCAACAGCCAGGCCGUCGUGCGCGGCAAGCUGGCAGGCAUCAUCUCCGAGGCCGAGGCGGCGCAGAACUGGCUCGAGUCGGUGACGUACCAGAUGUGCAAGAUGAGCUACAAGCAGCAGUCGCUCUUCCUCGCCGGCCAGGUCGCGCUGCUCAAGUCCUGGUCGACGCGCGUCUCCAACGACAUUGCCGACGUGUCCGUCAACCUUGCCGGUGGCCGCGGCCUCACGCAGAGCGGCAUGGGCAAGAUGAUCGAGAUGUUCGCGCGCACGUCCAAGUUUGACGCCGUGCUCGGCGGCUCCGAGGAGAUUCUUGCCGACCUCGGCAUCCGGCAGGCGCUGCGUCUCAUGCCCGAGAACGCGAAGCUGUAAGCCACUCGCCAGCACCUCUUCAGCGUCUCGGCCGCAGCGCACGGGCGCCUCGGGCCCCUCUAUACUCCGUCUCCCAUCGUCUCCGAUGUAUGAUAUCUCGCCUAUUCCAUGUCUCCUCCGCGACGCCUGCACGAGCAGCGUCUCUGACUCGCACAGCAUCGCCUCUCGCGCUCUGCAGGGCGGACAGAUAGCAUUGCAAUGCCUGUCACUGUGCAAUGCCGAGCCCUUUGGCCGCCCGCGCCGCCGGCAUGUUGCUCAGCUCGAUCCAGGGGCUCACUGCCGCGACGGCCGCGGGCGGCACGCCCAGGCCUGCUGCCUGACUCGGCCCUGCUGC